ACUAAAUCAAUGAAAACAAUAACAAAGGAUAAGCUGAAAGAUUGAUUCAUCAAAUAAUAUUUCAAUUAAUUAAAAUGUCUUGGUUUAAUCUAUGGGAUGGAUUGAAAACUAAGACGUGCAGAUACCUCUUACAAAGGUAUUUGGGACAGUUUUUUGAAAAUAAUCUAAAUUUAGAACAGUUAAAAGUGGAUCUUUACAAUGGAAAAGCUGUUGUUGAAAAUAUUUCACUAAAAGUAAAUGCUAUAAAUGAAUUAUUUGAAGAGCAGGGUUGGGCUUUUGAAGUUAUUUCUGGACACAUUGGAUGUUUGACCGUAAUGGUACCAUGGAAUGCUUUGAUGACAAAUGACAGCUCUCUAAACAUCUCAGAUAUGACAAUAACUGUGAGGCCAGUAACCCGGUCUCAAAGUGCCACAACCAUGCUAGAAUCGAUGUGGUCAUCUGUAAGCAGCUCUAUGCAAAUGGCAGAAGAAUGUAUGAAGCAAAUCGAUGAAGACAUACCGUUUUUAAACCACAGCAACACACUAGUUGGACUAGAAAAAUUUGCUGAAACAAUUGAUAAUGUUCUUAAUCGCAUACACGCCAAAUUAAGCAAUACGACUCUGAAUAUUGAGUAUAAGCUGCCGAAAUCUUCCAAGAAACUUGUCGUUGUGCUUAAAGCAAAUCAUGUAGAGUAUAAAAACCAAACUGGUUAUGAGAAGAAUACAACUCAAUGUAAAGAACCAGGCAGAACGAAUAAAACUGAUGAGCAAGCUCCCUUUAUUAAUACAUUACCAAUGAUUGCUAAACAUCACUUAGUGACAACUGAGUUAACUAUAUGGACUACUGAAAUAAAUACCAGAGAAAUACAACAAAUGGAAAUUGGACGACUAUGUAAAAUUGUUGAAUUUAUAGGAGACCAAAACUUUAAAAUUAGCAUUAAACAAACUGAAAAUAUAGUUGGGCCGAAAGUGAACUUGGAAAUAGUAAUUGACCACAUUUAUACGAUGCUUACGCCACGUCAAAUCAAACUCCUUACUCGUAUUUCAAAGGCAUUUAAUAAAGAAAAUCCACAAGAUAAUAAUAAACUAUUAAAACCGUAUGAAGACAUUAAACCGGAAAAUUGUAAUAUAUCCUAUCCCAUGAGAACGGCUGACAUUAUUGACAAAGAUGUUGAUUGGGACUAUGCACAAAAGUCGAAAUUACUUAACGAUUUUGAAAGAACUAAAAAUUGUGAAUCGAUUAUAUCAACCACAUCCACAAAUAGUAUGGCAACUACGUUUAGUAAUACUCAAAUAAACGUCGGAAGCAACGAAAUUUCAGGAGAAAUUUUGAAAUUUAAAAUUCAAAUAUUCAAAAUUGUUGGAAUAAUUUUACAUAAUGAAAUUCUAUUGGAAAGUUCUGCAUGCAAUAUUGCUCCGAAUUACAUAUUUACAGAUGAGAGUGUAAUAAAAUAUUCAAAAAUGGCUGAUCAUUUUUUUCCGAGUACACGUAAAAUGGAUAAUUUACUAAACAGUUCAAUCCCAAUAUCAAACAACAACUAUAUUUUUUGUAUGAUAUCCUCGUUAUUGGUCAAUGGAGAGCAGCAAAGAUUUUGUCAAGAGUUAAUAUUGAAGACAACAUUAUCAGCUACAAUGGUGGAUUUCAAUGAAAUUGUUGACAAUGUAGAGUAUCCCCUCAUUUUAUUUGAUAGAAAAAAGAAUUGUUUCGAAGGAUAUCACACUCGUCCUGAAUUCGUUCUAUCCCAUACAUCUUCAUGCUUCUUUAAACAGAAUUCAAACAGAAGUAGCAAUAAAAUUGAAUGUAUUCUUGAUGAGUGUACUAUAGAUAUGGAUAUUACAAUUUAUGAUCGAUUGAGUGAUCUGCUUGAGUUGUCUCCAUUCGACAAAGAGAGUGAUACUAACAAGCCAUUGCAAGAUGACUCAAUCCCAAUGGAUAUUCACUUGAAGUGCAAUUCAUUCAAGUUACAGAUUAGAUUUCCAAUCGUUGAUGGCAGAUUACUUUUGGAUCCAAUGAAAGUAUCGGGUCUAGAGAAAAAUAUACGAAACGAUUAUAUCUUAAUUGAUUUUCGAAAUAUUUUGGUUGAGUGGAAAUCCUUUAUUAGUAUCAUUGUUGAUGAAGUUAAUGGAUUUUACUGUGGUGAAGCAUUUGAAAACAAUAUGCACGUUAUGAAAUGUUCGAGUCGCAUUAUGGGCGAGAAUAUAACUCCAGAGAAUGAAAAAAUUAAUAUUAAAGUCCAUAUUCAAGACAAAAGAAGUGAUUGUUCUGAGACCAAUAAAAAACAUGAAAAUAAAUCACCAUUUAGUUCAAAAUGUUCGUAUGGAUUUUCUUCAAAUAUUGAUGGAAUAAAUGAAAGUACAGAUAAAAGAGAAAUAUUUUUGCCUGGAGAUACUGAAGAAAUAAAUGACUUCUGCCAAAGCUCUAAAUAUUACUCCCACAUGAUAGUUUAUAUUUAUAUUCCAAAUAUUAAAAUUGUUUUAGAAUCUAAGGAGCUCUAUGAAAUAAUUUAUAAUCGUCUAAAUGGGGAUUUAUUCAUGUGGGAACCUCGAGUUAAUUUGCUUACGAGCACUGACAACAGUAAUAUAAUUCAUGACAAUAUUCCAAAAAGAAAAGGAGAUAUUCUACAAUAUUCUAAAAACGUUUAUAUAAAUUUAUCAGAUGAAAAAGAUUCUACCUCGACUGAGAGCUCUAUAUACGACAAAGCAACAUUAAACGAAGUUAAUAAUAUGUUUUCCUUUGAGUUAUGUGUUAAAGAAGGAAUGUUUAUAAUGUACCCAGAAAUUCCAGAAUUUGAAAAAAGUGAUCAAACAAGUACAAAAGGAAAACUUCAAUUAAAUUUAAAAGAGCUGACUUGCUUUUUUGUUACUGGAUGUAAUAAUGAUAAAAAUCUAAGUUACUUAUGUGUUCAAAUAAAUGAAGCAGAUAUAUUACAUUGUGGUCAAAUAAUUGAAGAAUAUUCAUCAGUUUGGAGUGACGGUCUUGAUGAAAAUCUGAAACGCAUUAUUUUUAAAAAUUCCAGGGACUGCAAUAAAAUAAAUAAUCGUCACGAAAUGAUAUCUGUUGUCGCUGAAUUGAAAAAACAUCCGGUUAACCGUUUAAAGCGAACUAAGCUAGCAUUUGGUAUAAAUGGAGCUAUAUUAUUGCAUUUGCCCGCAAAAGCAGCUUUCAACUGGAUUUAUCAAUUAAUAGAUUUCGUUAAUAUAGCAGACUUUCCCAUCGAAGAGUAUCAACCAUAUGCAGUUGUCUCAGAAAUACAAGGCCAUAUAUGGAAUUUUGCAAUUGACUAUAGGCCAAAGCAUUUUCCUUAUCGGGCGUCUCUGGACAUUAGUUAUGGCUCGUUAAGUAGUAACAUUACAUAUCCCAUGACAGGAUGUACCUUACGGGUAAUGACUGAGGAUUGCAUCCUGUCUAUAGGACCUGCAGAGAAUGGCUAUAAGGAUUGUUUCAACAAUAAUUUGUUGGCAGUCUUAAAUGUUGGACUCAUUAAUAUUUCAAUAUUUCUUAAUGAUCAGAACACGUUAUACCCGAAAAUAAAUUUACGAUCUUCAAUUCACGAUGUGCAUUUAAAAACUUGUUUUGAUUCUGCGAAUGCAUUGGCUCAACUUAUUGCAUAUAUAGCAAAUGAUAAAGACUUAAUAUCAACAGAACAAAAUAUGGACAAAAAUAAAAGUGAUAAUUAUCAAUCAAAAAGUUCUGACUCUAAAGGCGAUAGAACGUGCCAACAUAUAAAUACGCUUAUGGCAGACGCUGUCAAAGACGUCGAAUCUAAUCUUUCAACACAUACUUCUUCUAUGGAAAAAUAUAGAAAACAUAUGCUUUUAGAAGAUGAUGCGAGCCUGAAAACCAGUUCCUGCUCAUGCUUUAGUAAUUCCGAUGAAGGCAACAUUUUAAAAUUGGAGUCUAACCGACUUUUAAAACCCUGUAAUCAAGACAAUUUAGAAAAAUCUUUACCGCAAAUUGAGUCUGAACUGGGGACAGCAACUUUCAUGCAUAAAUCAACAGUGGAGGAGAAAGAUUUCCACGUUAUUCGUGAGGAUGAACUUUUUUUUAUGGAUAAUUUUGGAGUUGACGAAGUUUUUGUCUCUGAAGAUCCUCUCCGAAUCGUAGACAAUCACUUCAGUAUGCCACAUGAAAAAGUUGACCUCCUUCGAUCACCUAUAAGUUUUCCUAUUUCGGAAGAAAGCUAUACCUUGUGUGAAAUGACAUUUACGUGGCAUCUAUUUGGAGGCAAGGACUUUCCAGACCCAGAAAUUAAAUCUACAAAACACUAAGUCAGGAUUGAGAUGGACCUAUGAACACUGCAGGGACUCCGAACGCGAUAUCGCUGGGUUUGUACGGCAGACGCGAACUGGUUUUAAAGAUGUAGCUUCUCCGUCCCUGUUGAUGUUCUGAGUUUAUCCGUACCACCCGCUGGUGAGUUAAUGUAAUUUAGUUCUCCGUCCCCUAAACCCUCGGUAGCCCUGGAAGUUCCACACCAUAACAUUACGUCAUUAAGCAAGGAAUCUCCUGCUACUGCUUCGACUUUGGUGUCGGCUGAGAUGGAGACGGUUGAAGAAAUUCAACCAUCAUCAUCCUCUGUUGAGAUCAUCAGUGCUGUAACGAUUAAAGAAUCGCCUCUUUAGUUGUCCACAACACGUUAGUUGAGGUGCCACCGCUUAAACAAAUUUUUGUCUCAAGGCUUGCCCGUUAUACGACAUCUGAUGAUGUUCGAGCUUAUAUUAAGUCCAAAUGUCAAGCCAGUGGACAACUUUAAUUUCUCGUACGAGCGGGAAAUUGCAUCUUUUACAAUAAGUGUUCCUGCUGAACAAUUUAGCAUAAUGUGCAGAAAAGAGUUUUGGCCGGAACACCUAUUAGUCAAAGAAUUUGUUGCUAUAAAAAAGUCGGUCUCCGGUUUCUGUUUACUAAUAGUAACAAUAAUACUACAUAAUUCAAAGCCUUUUUCUUUGUCUGUCAGUUCGAAAAACUAAUAUUCUCUUUAUUUCUUGGCUAUCAGAAUGUAAGAGGUAUUUGCAGUAAACUUACUGACCUAUAUUUAAAUAGUAUAUCUUUCCCUUUCAAUGUCUUUGCUUUUACUGAAACAUGGUUAAAGAAUAACAUUCUUGAUACUGAAAUUUUUCCUAGUAGAUUUUCCUUAUACAGACGUGAUCGUAAGCUACGUCGUGGUGGUGGGGUUUUAAUUGCAGUAGAUGCUCAGAAUUGAUAGAUCACACUUCUGAUAUUGAGCAAGUGGUUGUAAAAUUAGUUUAGUAGUUUUAACAUUUUAAUUUCUUGCUUGUAUAUCCCCCCUGUAUCCCCUGCAUUUAGCUCAUUUUUCUAUAAUUAAUAACAUUUCUAACAUGCUUUCUGAUCGAGAUUAAUUUUUAGCCCUUGGUAAUUUAAAAUUCCGCAAAGAAUUUUAAUAAACUGUGCUUCUCUACAUCCCAUGUUUUUAUUGAUAGUAUUUUCGGAGUAUCAUUGUCUCAGAUUAAUGGUAUUCCAAAUUGUUUAAACAAGUCUCUAGACCUUAUUUAUGUUUUAGAUUCCAGAUUCCAGUUCUCCAUCGAUAACAUCUCCUAUAUCCUCUCCUGAAGACCCUUCCCAUCCCACUUUAUAAAUUAUGCUGAAGCUCCCAUAUAUUGCGUCAGAGUCUAGUGUACCUUGUGGUGAGCGUUCUCGUUCUUUUCAGAAAACCGAUUUUGAGAAACUGCUGUGCUUAUAUCUCAAACUGACUGCUCGCAACUUUUUUGGCUAUAGCGAUUGCAUUUUUUUUUGCAUUUUUCCACAUUUGUCUGAUAAACCCUUAUGGUUUACUAAGGAAUUAUUGAAUUUAAAAAAAUCGUAAGUUGAGACCACAAAAAAUUCAAGGAAACUGGCUCUUCCCUUGAUUUUCUCCGCUAUUCUGUUGAUCAAGCAGCUUUCCGCACUCAUAACAAUGAGUAUUAUAAUGAUUAUUUGACUAGGUGCAGAAUAAGAUUUCAGCGUGAUCAAAAACGAUUAAAAACGACUUCGUUAACUCGAAGCGUAGAUCCGCGUCGUUGCCAGCAUUUAUGUCUUUGGAGAAUAUGACAGUAUCUAAUGGUCCUGGUAUCGCGGAUUUAUUUGCUGACUUUUUCCAAACGACAUAUUCUGUUUCAAUUCUCUUAUUCUUAUCAGGUAAAUUCAUUUAAUGGUAUUUUUGUCCUUUAAUUACUGAAAGCUCUAUUUAAACGGAUAUAAACCUGUUUUUUCGGCAGGCCCGGAUGAAGUGUCUAGUUGUGUGCUAAGGUAUUGCGCUGGUAGUAUCUGUAAACCGCUUCUUAAAUAGUUUGAAUUAUCGGUUAACUCAUUCUCUUUUCCAAAAAUCUUAAAAAAUACGUAUCCUAAAAAAAGGGAGCAAAUCUAAAGUUCAAAAUUAUCGCGGUAUAUCUAAUAUGUUUGCGAUUCCGAAUGCAUUUGAAAAAAUCAUAACUUCUUAACUGCAACAUCUGUGUAAAUCUAUAAUUUCACCUUACCAACAUGGGCUUGUGAAAUCUAGGUCCACAUCUACUAACUUAUUGGAGUUCUUCUCUAUUGUAAUUAAAGGAUUCGAGAAUAAAAUGCAAACGGAUGUCAUUUACACCGAUUUUAGUAAGGCUUUUGACUCAGUAAAUCAUGAAUUCUUACUUUAUAAACUUAAUCUUUUAGUGUUUCUUAAUAGCCUAAUUGAGUGGAUCUCCUCAUACCUUUCCAACAGAAUACAGAAUAUUUAUUAUAAUGUCUUUGUAUCUAAAUGUGUCCAAGUUUUUUCUAAUGUGCCCAGGGUAGUCAUUUGGGUCCUCUAUUGUUCACUUUGUUCAUAAAUUAUCUUCCUUCUGUUUUAAAGCUUCCCGUUGACGUUAAGCUUUGCCUGACAUGUAAUGAUAGUCUGGCCAGCUCACUGUUGCAAUGUGAAUUGUCUAGAAUCUUGGUGCAGAGUAAAUAUGUUAUAUCUCAAUUGCAAUAAAUAAUAAUCUUAUGACCUUCUGUAGGGGUUCUUCUCAGGUAAAUAACUGUGUUUUAUAUGAUACUUCUCUACCGUGAAUGACUUAGGGGUUCUGCUUGAUGCUUUAGUAAACAUAUGCGGUGCAGAAACAAUUUUUGACAUUUCUCUUCGUAGUUUAAAUUGGAACCCUAAUAUUAGAUUACCACCUUAUCGCAGUAGACUUUUAUUACUAAACCUUCCUACUCUUUUUGACCGUAGAACUAUGCAAGAUGCUGUUUUCAUUCAAAGACUAAUUAAUGGAGAAAUAGACUCUUUGGAAUUUCAAAUUAGUCAAAUUAGUUUUGCAGUUCCGGUCAGGAUCACUAGGAAUUUUCUUCCUCUUCUCAUUUCCCGUAGAAUUACUAACUUUGCUUGUCAUAAUCCCUUCCGUAUUCUGUGUGAGAAUUAUAAUAAUCUCAAUAAUCUUCAGUAAAUCUAUUCCUCUGUUUAAAACUUCAUUAUCAUUUAUCGAGUAUUUAAAUGUUUUUAUACCCGCUACCCAUAGGGUAGAAGAGUAUUAUAACAUUCUGCCGGCAGGAAAUGUAUGUAACAGGAACGACCUUAUAAAGUAUAUAUAUUUUUGAUCAGCGUCAACAGCCGAGACGAUCUAGCCAUGUCCGUCUGUGUGUCUGUCCGUGUGAACACCUAGAUCUCAGAGACUAUAAGAGAGAGCUAUAAUUUUUUUUGACAGCAUUUGUUAUGUUUGCACGCAGAUCAAGUUUGUUUCAAAUUUUUGACACGCCCACUUCCGCCUCCGCAAAUCAAAAAAUCGAAUAAUAAGCGUAAUUUUAAAGCUAAGGUUGUGAAUUUUGGUAUAUAUAAUAAUAACUAUGGUAGUUAUGAUUCCUGAAAAUUUGGUUGCGAUCAGAUACAAAUUGUGGAAAGAAAUACUUUUGCAUGGCAAAAACGCCUACUUACUAGGGGUUUUAGUUGCUUUGGCAGACAAUCUGGUAUAUUAUGCCGUCUAUGGAAUAUUUUGAAUGUGGUACUAUAUCGGUAUAACAAAAAUGUCAUUUGGUAUAUUUUUAGUAUUUUUGUAUUUUUGGUAAAUUUUGAACAAUACCGCAAUAUUUUGCUUUUAUUCAAAAUAGGUAGCGGGUAUCUCACAGUCGAUGGCUCACGGUUGCAAAGCGACCUUAAUCUUAGCGUAUGUUUAUUACUUUCUUUGGGAGAACCAGGUAAAUAAUUACAUACUAUGGAAUACUUCUCUAGAGCGAAUAUAGUCGUUGAACGACUUGGAUAUUCUUGAUUUAAAAUUAAAAUUCGAUGAACAUAUUCUGUCUGCUGCAAUGGGUGUGAUAGGCUUCAUAAAACGUGGGUUGAAGGAAUUCAGUGAUCCUUGCAUAACUAAAUAUUUGUGUAUCUCAGUGGUUCGUGCUAUACUUGAUUUGAUAUGUAUGGGAAUUUAUCAAUUAAUGUAUUAAUAAUUUAAAUUAAUUAAUAAUUAGUAACGCAGUUUGGAUAAGUAAAUCUAUUCCUGAUACACUUGUCAAUUAAUCUGAGCACGCCUUGCAAAUGGCAGCUUAUCGAUGGACCCCUAGGUAGUUUACUUACUAACACAGAAUAGAAUUUAUUUCUCAUUUAAAUCAUUCAGUUAUAUUGCUUACUUUAUAAGUAAUAUAGCUGGUUGAUUGAGGGAAGGAAAUUCGUUGCUUGUGACGAACAGGAAGUGACAUGCUUGCUUACAGCUCUAUAUCUUCAAUAAUUGGUUGGAUUAGCUUCUAUAACUUUGUCCAUAUAUUUUAGAACGAAUUAUGUAUCUAUUAUUAUUGAAAAGAAACGUAUUAAAAAUUUAAUAUAAACAAAAACUAAUUUGAAUUAUAUAAUGGAAUAUAAGAUUUUGUUUUUAUACCCGCUACCCAUAGGGUAGAAGGGUAUUAUAACUUUGUGCCGGCAGGAAAUGUAUGUAACAGGUAGAAGGAGGCAUCUCCGACCCUAUAAAGUAUAUAUAUUCUUGAUCAGCGUCAACAGCCGAGACGAUAUAGCCAUGUCCGUCUGUCUGUCUGUCCGUCUGUCCGUCUGUCCGUCCGUCCGUCCGUAUGAACACCUAGAUCUCAGAGACUAUAAGAGAUAGAGCUAUAAUUUUUUUUCGACAGCAUUUGUUAUGUUUGCACGCAGAUCAAGUUUGUUUCAAAUUUUUGCCACGCCCACUUCCGCCCCCGCAAAUCAAAAAAAUCGAAUAACAAGUGUAAUUUUAAAGCUAGAGCUACGAAUUUUGGUAUAUAUAAUAAUUACUGUAAUAGUUAUGAUUCCUGAAAAUUUGGUUGCGUUCAGAUAAAAAUUGUGGAUGUUAUUAAAGAAAUACUUUUGUAUGGGCAAAAACGCCUACUUACUAGGGGUCUGAGUUGCUUUGGCCGACAAUCUGGCACAUUGUGCCGUUUAUGGUAUAUUUUGAAUGGUGUACUACAUCGAUAUACCAAACAUACCAUUUGGUAUAUUUUUUAGUAUUUUUUAGUAUUUUCGGUAUAUUUUGAAAAUGAUACCGCAAUAUUU